AAUUUACAAUUUGAUUACAUAAAUAAAGCAAAUUAUUGCCAGCAUUAGUGGCCCCACAACUCGCACACGACAUGUAUAUAAAUUAUGCCGAAUGGGGACCCAUUGGAUCGCAAAUUGUUUUUAUCCACAAAAAUGACAUUUAUUAUAAAUCCGAUGCAAACGCAGCGCCAAUAAGACUCACAAAUUCAGGCAAAGAAAUGGUUAUAUAUAACGGAUUACCCGAUUGGGUGUACGAGGAAGAGAUCUUCAACGAGCCGAAGACUUUUUGGUUAUCACCGGCGGGAACAAAGUUGGUCUACACCACCAUCGAUGACAGCGCUGUCGACUUAAUGACGUGGCCGUACUAUAGCACCGGCAAAUUGCCCCAGGGUUAUUAUAAUCAAUACACUAAAAUCGAGAAGGUCAGGUACCCUAAACCCGGUCGAUCCAACCCUACGAUUAAGCUUCAUUACAUCGAUUUGACUCAAUUGCAUGACUAUAACGGCUCGAUCGGUAAACUGACCGUUCAUUUAAAGCCACCCAAAGAUAUCACAGAUUAUGGAGAUCAUUAUCUGACAACAUUAAAAUGGAUAGAUGACAAUGUUGUGGCUGCGAAUUGGAUGAACCGAGCUCAAAACUUCUCGGUCAUGACCUGCUAUAGUAGUCGCGCCAAUUUGGAGCCAAUCUCUAAUUUCAAAUUACAAUCGAGUAAUGGAUGGAUUGACUUGUUUAAGCCGCCUGUCGUCACACCAGACCGCGAGUCCUAUAUAUUAAGAGUACCCAAAAUGAGUGACAACAAGAAGGAUGUGUUUCCACAUAUCGCCAAAGUGUCCGUUUCGGUGAGACAUUCAAUCCGAUUCUUG